UGCACUAACUGUAAAACAGGAAAUACACCUCUGUGGCGAAGAAAUCCUCAAGGACAGCCUUUAUGUAAUGCGUGUGGUUUAUUUCUCAAGUUGCAUGGCACUGUUCGGCCUUUAAGUCUGAAGACAGACGUCAUUAAGAAGCGAAACAGG